CGAGAUGGCGGCGCCGGGGCCCAGCGGGCCGGGGACCGACGGGUCGGGGUCGGGCCCCGGCUCCGUCCCCGCCGCCGCCGCCGCCGCCAACCCGCGCAAGUUCAGCGAGAAGAUCGCGCUGCAGCGGCAGCGGCAGGCCGAGGAGACCGCGGCCUUCGAGGAGGUGAUGAUGGACCUUGGCUCCGCCCGGCUGCAGGCCCAGAAGCUGAGACUGGCCCAGGGCCGGGGGCCUUACUACGGAGGGUCGCUGCCCAACGUCAACCAGAUCAGCGGCGCGCUGGCGGAGUUCCAGAACCCCCUGCAGUUUCCUCUAGAGUCCCCCCGGGCCCCGCGUCACCACGGUCCGGUGGGCCGGGUCCAGCGCGACCCGCGAGGGCGGGUCAUGUCGCCGCUGCGACGCCACGGCCGCCACAUGGACAGUUCUCCCUACGGCUCGGCCUACCUGUCCCCGCCUCCCGAGCUGCCCAGCUGGAGAAGGACCAUGCCCUGGGGGAAACUGUCCACGGACCAGGGGCAGCUCCAUCUCCUGCCGUCCUCGCUCAACAGGACGAGCUCAGAUUCGGCCCUGCACACGAGCGUCAUGAACCCCGGAUGCCAGGACAGGUACCCGGGCCCCGUGCUGCCCCCCGGACCCCUGCCCGCUCGGACGACCGGUCCCCCCGACGGCCAAGCCGACGGCACGGUGUUUCUCUUCCACGUGCCCCCGCCCGCCGAGGAGCCCCUGCUCCACGACAGACAGUGGCUGAGCCCCUGGGACGGCAAGAAGCUCUCCUCUUCCUCCUCCUCCUCUCCCUCCACCCGACCCCGCUCCUGCGAAGUGCCAGGGAUCAACAUCUUCCCGCCCCCCGCCCCGCCCCCCGCCGCCCCCCUGCUCCCGCCGGCCUUGAACACGGGGGGCUCGCUGCCCGACCUGACCACCCUGCACUUCCCCUCGCCCCUGCCCGCGCCGCUGGACCCCGAGGACGCCACCCUGCCCGGCCCGGGCGUGGGCGGCAGCACCGGAAACCUGGCGCGGACCAUGAACCACCUGGGCCUCAGCGGAGGGGGCCUGGGGGCCUCCGCCGCCGCCGCCUGCGACCUCCCAGGACCGCCCUCCUCCCCCCUGAGCAACCCCAACCUGCAGUGCUCCCUCAGCAACCCCAACCUGCAGGCCGCCCUGUGCAGCCCCCCCGCCCCCCUCCAGGGCGCCCACAGCCACCCCUCGCUGGUGCGCCCCGGCCCCGCCCCGGCCCUGUCCUGCCCCCCCUCCGCCUCCGCCCUCGCCCGCCACUACCACCACCCCCACGCCCCCCUCAGCCCCCUGAGCCUGGCCCCCAACGGCCCCGAGGCCUGGAGGCCGCCGCCGCCUCCAACCUCCUCCUCCUCCUCCUCCUCUUCCUCCUCCUCCUCCUCCUCCUCCUCCUCCACCACCACCACCUCCUCCUCCUCCUCCUCAUCGACGCAUCCCAAACUGUUCUCACCGGACAUGUCACCACCUCCCCUGUCUUCCAUCGCCCAGGGCGUCGGCCCGGACCCCGGCAGCGGCCUGCCCGCUGACCGGCAGCGGCCCCCGUACCGUCCGCCCGGCCUGCUCCUGCCCGCCCCCCGGCCCCCCGCCCCCGGGUACUGCCCCGGACCCCCGGCCGGGCGCCCGCCGCACCCCCCGCCCGCCGGACACUUCAGCCUGGGCAGCCUGGACCAGUUCAUCAUGGAGGCGGCGGCGGGGGGUGACGGCGGCGGGCUGGGGCUGGGCCCCCUGGGCUUCCCGGAGGAGCUGGGCUACCCGGCCGUGGCGGCGGGCCAGGGGCUCGGGGCGGGGGGCGACUGCCCCCAGGAUCCCGCUCCCCACCUCCAGCAGAACCUGACACACUGUGCCUGCCUGGGCCUCGGCCCCGGCCCCGACGUCAUGCUCGCAGGGGACUCCCUGCCCGGCUUCUCCCGGGAGAUCGCCGCCGCCCUGGCGGGCGUGCCCGGCUUCGAGGUGGCCGCCGGGGGGCUGGGCCUGGCGCUGGAAGAGGAGGAGGAGGAGGAAGAGCUGCGCGUCGAGCCCCUGAGCCUGGACGGGCUGACCAUGCUGUCCGACCCCUACGCCCUCCUCACCGACCCCGCCGUGGAGGACUCCUUCCGCUCCGACCGGCUGCAGUGACCGGGGCCCGGAUCCCCGGGGAUCCAGACUCGGGGGGCGGCCCGGGACGGGGGAAGGGAGCACCCGGGGACCCGGCGCCGUCCGUCCGGAGGGCGGGGGCCGGGGGCCGGGGGAGGCCGCCCGGCCCCUCUGACCCCCCCGCCCCCAACCGUCGUCGUCCGCCCGCCGCGCCGCAGGGGAGAGAGCCAGAACCCGCGAUGAGACUUUUUGUAACUAUACGUUAAUAAAAAAUAAAAACGA